AGUCUAUUCCACAAGUCAAAUUAUACGAAUUGUGCCGACGUGUAACCGUUGUUAUUUCAAAAUUUUAUCUAAAACUAACUUGAACUUAUAUUUUUGAUUUUUAUUUAGUUAAAUAGUGAACUGUUGAUAAAAUGAUAAACACAGAACCUUGGACUGGAGGAACCGACGAGGAAUAUGAAACGCAACAUUUCGGUUUCGGCACUCAAAAACUCAAAAAGUCAGUGCGGGAAAUGGUCGAACAGAAAAUACGAUCUGCUUUCGAAGAUAUGGAAUCAUUUCUCCUAGAAUCCUUAGAACUUUCCGACGAAGACAAACUUAAUAUCAAUACCGCUUGUAAUAAAGUGAUGAGUAUGUAUUUUGAACGGGCUGGUCCCUCGCUUGAAGUUAUUGAUAGCGAAAUUGAUUCACUAAUGCGAGUGCCACCUAACGUGCUAUUACCUGUAGAUGAAGUGCAGUUGGAGCAGACAACUGAAGAAGAAUAUAAAAAGCUUCAGGAUGAGGUUGCUGAUUUAAAACGAAGACACGAGAGAUGCUGUCUUAUGUUGAAAUUUCUAAAUGAUAAAUUAGAAGAGCUUUCGUCUUUGGAUGAGGUGGUUGAAUUGGCCAAAAAAGAUAUGAAAGUAACCGAUUUAGUAGAGAAGGAUCUGGAAGAACGAGCAAAAGUAAAUCACAAGAAACUGCUCAAACGAGUGAAUAGACUGAAGGCUACUGUUAUAAAGACACCUGAAGAUUAGUUUUUCAUUACUUUAAUAUUAAAUAAACUGUGCAUGUAUAUAUAUAUAGAGGCUUCAAAUAAAUUUAUUGUGCAAUAAA